AUAAGAUAUUUUUCUCUCUCCGCACAUUGUUACUUCCUAUUUUCACCCAUCGCCUGAGACAUCUUCCUAGGUUUCUCCGAUCUCCUACGCUUAAGAUUCAAACGCUAAAGGCUCAAGAUGGGAGGAGGGUUUAGAGUGCUUCAUCUCGUGAGACCGUUUCUUGCAUUCCUUCCGGAAGUGCAAUCUGCUGAUAGGAAAAUUCCAUUCAGAGAGAAGGUCAUAUACACCGUGAUCUCUCUGUUCAUCUUCUUGGUGUGCAGUCAGCUCCCACUCUAUGGGAUCCACUCUACCACCGGCGCGGAUCCAUUCUACUGGAUGCGUGUCAUCCUUGCCUCGAACCGAGGAACAGUGAUGGAGCUCGGUAUUACACCGAUUGUUACAUCUGGACUGGUUAUGCAACUGUUAGCCGGUUCAAAGAUCAUUGAAGUGGACAACAAUGUACGUGAAGACCGUGCACUCUUGAAUGGUGCACAGAAGCUGCUGGGUAUCCUUAUAGCCAUCGGUGAAGCAGUUGCAUAUGUGCUGUCUGGAAUGUAUGGCAGUGUUGGCCAGCUAGGAGUCGGGAAUGCUAUUCUCAUUAUUGUUCAGCUCUGCUUUGCCGGUAUCAUCGUCAUUUGCUUGGAUGAGCUUCUCCAGAAAGGAUAUGGUCUCGGCUCCGGAAUUUCCCUUUUCAUUGCCACUAAUAUCUGUGAGAGCAUUAUCUGGAAAGCAUUCAGCCCAACCACCAUCAACAGCGGACGUGGAGCUGAAUUCGAAGGCGCAGUUAUUGCUCUGUUCCAUCUUCUCAUCACUCGGACAGACAAAGUCCGUGCACUCCGGGAGGCAUUUUACAGGCAGAAUCUCCCGAACGUGACGAAUCUGCUCGCCACUGUCUUGAUCUUCCUGAUCGUUAUCUACUUCCAAGGCUUCCGGGUGGUUUUGCCCGUGAGAUCCAAGAAUGCACGUGGACAGCAGGGCUCCUAUCCUAUCAAGUUGUUCUACACCUCGAACAUGCCCAUCAUCUUGCAGUCUGCCCUUGUUUCCAACGUCUACUUCAUCUCUCAGCUAUUAUACAGGAAGUACAGCGGAAACUUUCUGGUGAAUCUUUUGGGUAUUUGGAAGGAGUCGGAAUACAGCGGCCAGUCUGUCCCUGUUGGAGGAAUUGCAUACUACAUCACCGCUCCAUCCAGCCUAGCCGACAUGGCAGCUCAUCCUUUCCAUGCCCUGUUCUACCUCGUGUUCAUGUUGGGAGCUUGUGCUCUGUUCUCGAAAACCUGGAUCGAAGUUUCCGGAUCAUCUGCCAAAGAUGUCGCCAGACAACUCAGGGAGCAACAAAUGGUGAUGCAAGGACACCGAGACUCUAACCACCAGCAACAGCUGAACCCAUUUAUCCCGACAGCGGCGGCGUUCGGGGGAAUGUGCAUUGGGGCACUGACCGUACUGGCGGAUUUCAUGGGCGCCAUCGGGUCAGGGACCGGAAUUCUCCUGGCCGUCACCAUCAUCUACCAGUACUUCGAGACGUUCGAGAAGGAAAAAGCAAGCGAGCUCGGAUUCUUCGGUUUCUAAGCCCUUUUGGAAAUAUAUGAAGAUCACACUGGCUCUGAAGAGAAAUCGACUCGCCAUUGCAAUGGCGUGGAACACCCAAGUAGAGAGAGAGAGAUAGAGAGACCUUGACAAAAGAAAAGAGCUUAUUAGCUUUAUUUAGUUUCAGCCCACUUUCGGGUAGCUGUAACUGCAGGACUGACUUUCCUCGUUCCUCGUUUUCUUCUGCUUUCAACUGUUUGUCCGAAACUUUCAGUGUUGUCUUUUCCUUUUGUUAGAAUUCGGUGGCGGGAAAAAAAUGUCUGAGGAGUUUUAUAAUUGACAUUUCGAUGCGUAUCA